UUUAUAGGCUGCUGGGACUUAUAUGAGGCACAAUAUAACUAUAACCACACAAUAUAACUAACUAGACAGAGAGAGAGAGAGAGAGCGCAUGUAUGUCAGCGUCAUGGGACAUUAGUCAGUUACUCCCUGAAUUAAACCAGUGAGCUGCUACACCAAAGUCUUGUCGUCAUGGCCGACGUGGAGGAGAGUCAGUUUUCUCUGCUGAGCCUGGAGGAUGACCUGACCUGCAGCAUCUGUCUCAGCACCUUUGUCUGUCCGGUGACCAUCCCGUGCGGACACAACUUCUGCCAGGACUGCCUCCUCGUCAGCUGGAAGGACUCCUACAGCUGUCCUCAGUGUCGGACAAUCUUUGCCACCAAACCGGAGCUGAAGAAGAACACGGUCCUCAGCACCGUGGUGGAGACCUUCAGGGAGAGGACGAACAAGAGCGAAGCCAGCCUGCUUGGAGAGGAGAAACAAGCCGAGAAAAAGGAUGUCAUUCGCUGUGACACAUGUAUGGAAACAGAGGCGUCCCAGACCUGCCUCACCUGCAUGGCCUCCUUCUGUGACGAGCACCUGCGGCCUCACCGGGAAAACCCAAUUUUCCGCCUCCACCAGCUGAGUGAGCCUGUCGGUGACCUGUCGGAGCGCAUCUGCCCGGACCACCACAAACUGAUGGAGCUGUUCUGCAGUCAACAUGGCCGUCCAAUCUGCAGCCUGUGUCUCCAGCAGGUCCACAAAGGCUGCACCUUCGUUUCUCCCGAGGAGCAGAGGAACCAGAAAGAGGUGAGCGUGUGCCAGUGUUCACGCAUCUCACCAAGGACAUAGGCUUGGUUGCAACAU